AUGCUUUCCCAUGUAUGUGACAAAAGGCCAUCGACAUACGUCGAGAUAACAUUCUAUGGGCACUUUAGUGACCUUUCUACGUUUUCGAAACGAAAGUAUCGUACAAAAACUGUGCCUGAGAAUGGAAUUGAUCCUAUUAUUUUUCCUGGAAUGGCUUCCAUACGCCUUGCCGUCUUUGAGGAAAGUGGCCGACUUAUCGGUCAUAGGUUCUUGCAGGUUCGAUCGAUCCAGUCCGGAUAUCGUCAUGUUAGCUUAAGGAAUGCAUUCAACAGACCCAUUGGUCCUGCAACUCUCUUUGUGCGCUUUCGUGUACAUGAUUAUGUUGACCAGAAAAAUCAAUAUCUGGUCGAGGCAUUGCAAAAUCCAAUCGCUGCUAUGAAGAAAGAACAAGCUGCAUCAGCGGCCCUGGUCAAUCCUAUCGAAACGUUGAAGAUGCGUGAAAAUAUGUUGCAUGCUUUGGAGGAAUCUGAACCUAAAGUUUUCACUAUCGAAAUGUUUCAAAAUGAAGGAAGUGACGAAAUCUAUCAAACUUUGGAAAAUAGCUUGAGUUUUGAUAAGGCAGAACGCUUAAAAACUCGUUUCUAUAUUGACGACAUGGAAUUGAAAUACGCUAGUCUUGAAGAAUUUGAAGCAAACGCGAAGAUUGUGAAACUUGAGAAAAGUUUCCGUAAAAAAUUCGCCAAUGUGAUAGAAACGGUUGAACUCGCUCUUCAACGAGUACCAUCAGCUUCACCUCAUAAGAUAUCCGAUAGCGCUUUUACGGCUUACGCAAAAUUUGAAAAAGAGCGCUGUGAACAAAUAAUUGCUCUUGUUGAAAACAAUAAAAAAAAGCUACUGAAAAGGAUUGACAUGGCGCACAAAUGCGAAUCUAAACAGUUAAUGAAAUUAAUCCAUCAAAAGCGAUUCGACGAUCAGAUGAAAUCAAAUGGCCGUGCCGAAGCAAUCGAAGAACUAAGAGAAAAAUAUGUGAAACUCGGAAUCGAAGAACAACGACGCUUAAAUAAAGCAAAGGAAAGAAGAGUCAAAGAAAUCGAAGAGAAAUUUGAAGUAAUGAGGAAAGAAAUGGGUUUACGAACUGAUGACGUUUGUCCUUUGGUUUUUCUUGGUUAA